UCUCCGCUAGUCCGACAUCACCGUGCGAAAUUAAUUAAACUGUCCGUCGAGUGGUUCGCGUAACGUGAUCUAUUAAUCGAUUGCUAAUCGUGCGAUUAGAGUGACGAGAUAAAUUGUCGAAUGACGGAGUGAAACCUCGCGGUGAACAAUAAAGGUUCUUCAUUGACCACUUGAUCUUCUUUUUUCUUGCUAUAUUUAAGUUUUGCGGGAUUGAUAAUCAAUAAGGAGAAAGCUCGAAAUCGCGCGUCACAAUGGAGGCGAUCAAGAAAAAAAUCGCGGCGUUGAAGCUGGAGAUGGACGCCGCAAAUGAGAAAGUUGAAGUCAAUGAGACGAAAGCGAAACAGGAAAAUAUAAGAGCCGACAGGCUGAACGAUGAUCUUAGGGACCUGCAAAAGCGAUUGACCCAAUUGGAGCGCGAUUACGGUAUCACCAAAGCUAAUCUGGAGCAAUCGACUGCCGAUCUGGAGCAGUGCGAAAAAUCUUGGUCUAAAGCUGAACAAGAUCGUACCGUCCUAACAAAGAGAGUUCAGGAGAUCGAAGCGAGUCUCACUAAAAAGGAAGAGCUGCGUCUUACUGCUCAAUUAAAGCUGGCACGUGCAACCGAACUCGCGGACGACGCGCAAAGAAUGUGCAAUGUCCUGGCGGACAGAAGUCGUUUGGAUGAAGAACGUAUGGAGAAGCUGAUGUCAGAACUGAAGGAUGCAAGAUUAAUUGCCGAAGACGCCGAUUCAAAGUCCGAUGAGAUAGCCAGGAAGUUGCAAUUCGUGGAGGAGGAAUUGGAAGCUGCUGAAGAAAGAGUGAAAACUAGCGAAGCCAAAAUCGUGGAACGCGAAGACGAACUCUUCAUCGUACAAAAUAUUGUCAAGUCUCUCGAAGUAUCCGAGGAAAAGGCAAAUCAACGAGUAGAAGACUUUAAGAUACAGCUAAAAUCUUUGAAGAAAAAGUUGAAGGAAGCGGAGAAACGUGCGAUUAACGCUGAAAGAACAGUCAAGACGUUAAUAAAGGAGGUGGAUAUGAAAGAAGACGAACUUAAAGAAGAGAAGGAAAAGUACAAGGCAGUCUGCGACGAUAUGGAUGCGACGUUCGCUGAGAUGACAGGAUACUAAAGUCCCGCGAAUAAAUUCGACUUGACUUUCGCUACUAUUCUUUCGCUUAUUCGCUAUUAUCUAACACGGACGCCUGAUUAUUUUACUGUGCUUAGAUGCUAUGCAAUGCCAAUUUGUUUUGUCAUAUGAAAUGCCAUAAGCGAACAUUAGAAAUAACCCGCUUCGCGCAAUAAUACACUGAUGGACAAGGCAUGCAAUACCGCUUGGUACUAUAACUGCUUUGGUUCGCGUAACACCUUGCCAAAAUCGACGAGCAACUGGUUCACGGUCGCUCGUGAUUUGCUGUGUCGAUCGAACAUUGACGAUUUCGUCUAUUUUUUUUCUUUCAGAAGCGUUGGAGGGACUUGUCGUUCGCUACACGUGAAUGAGACCAUGAUAUCACGCAUCCUUUUUAUUGUUCUAUGUAAAAUCUGUAUUUUCAAUAAACGAUACUACAAAU